AUGGACAAGCUCGGACUCAAGCCCGGCGUCGUCUACGGCGAGAACGUCUACAAGCUCCUCAGCUACGCGAAGGAGCAAGGUUUCGCUCUGCCUGCCGUUAACUGUACCUCUUCUUCUACAGUCGUCGCAACUCUGGAGGCUGCUCGCGACGCCAAGUCUCCUAUCAUACUCCAGGUCUCCAAUGGCGGCGCUGCCUUCUUUGCUGGCAAGGGCAUCUCCAACACCAACCAGGAGGCUUCCAUUGCCGGUGCCGUUGCCGCCGCUCACUUCAUCCGCUCCAUCGCACCUCUAUACGGAAUCCCAGUGAUCAUUCACUCCGAUCACUGUGCCAAGAAGCUUCUUCCUUGGCUAGAUGGCAUGCUUGAUGCCGAUGAGGAAUUCUUCAAGAACAACGGAACUCCCCUAUUCAGUAGCCACAUGAUUGAUCUGUCUGAGGAGGAUUUGCAAUCCAACAUCGAAACCACUGCCAAGUACCUAAAGAGAUCCGCCGCCGUCAACUUAUGGCUAGAGAUGGAGGUCGGUAUCACCGGUGGAGAGGAAGACGGCGUUAACAACGAGGACGUCGACAACAACUCCUUAUACACGCAGCCUGAGGACAUCUGGGCCAUUCACCAGGCCUUGAGCCCUAUCUCAAAGAUGUUCAGCAUUGCUGCUGGUUUCGGUAAUGUCCACGGUGUUUACCAGCCAGGCAAUGUCAAGCUUCGACCCGAUAUCCUGGGCAAGCACCAAGAAUAUGCUGCUGAGAAGCUGGGCGUGUCCAAGGACAGCAAGCCUAUUUUCUUUGUCUUCCACGGUGGUUCUGGAUCAAGCAAGGAUGAGUUCAAGAAGGCCAUCGGCUACGGUGUCUGCAAGGUCAACUUGGAUACCGAUCUGCAAUGGGCGUACCUGUGUGGUCACCGUGACUUCAUUACCAGUAACAUUGAGUACCUCAAGACACAAGUUGGUAACCCCGAGGGCGCCAACAAGCCCAACAAGAAGAAGUACGAUCCCCGUGUCUGGGUUCGUGAGGGUGAGAAGACCAUGAAGGCCCGAGUCGUGGAGGCGCUUGAGGACUUCUUUGCCGCUGGCAAGUUGUAA